AGGUGAAAUACUGAAAAGGAAAGGAGAGUUGUUCAAGUGAUAAUUCGAACGUGGCCAACAUGCAAUGAAUAACACUGGCAAAAGGCACGUACUAAACAUGGACAGGAUAUGGUGUGCUCUUGAUAAUAAGCAAGUUCCAAAACGAGUGAUUGCCGUUCAUCUUAAAUAGUAUAAUCGACCCUUGAGACGGUCACGGAGCCAAGACCAAACAAAAAUGGGAAGUGGGUUCUCCGUCGAUAAAGAGACAUACAUUGCCAAAGAAAACUUCACCCCAUUGGUCGGGGAGUCCGACGACCCCAACAAUAAGGUGCUUAAAAUCCGCAAGGGCGACAAACUCAUUCUCAAGCGAGCCAUCCCUCCCAAUGAUCCAGGACCCUCGGACGAUGGGAAGUGGAAAGCUCCCCCGGAUUAUGAGAGGCAUAGAGAGGCGUUGGAGGACUUUGGAGACAAGGUUUAUUACAUGAUGAACACGAGGACCAAGCAAAAAGGAUUUAUCCCUCGGAGCUAUGUGGCCAAAGACGGAACUUUGGAAUGUCAGGAUUGGUAUUUUGGCAACACUAAACGAACCCAGGCCAUGCAUUUUCUUUCAUACCCAUUCAACACGGAUGGGUCGUUUUUGGUUCGAGAUAGUGAAAAACCCGAUUGCUACGCUCUGACCAUUAAGGUAUUCCAGAACUCCAAGUUCACGUGCAAGAACUAUUUGAUCAAGCAAGACCAUGGAAAAACUUUCUAUAUAUCAGAGAGACAACAAUAUCCAACUUUGGGGGCCCUGAUUCAUGCUUGCCGAAGUGGAGAAGUGGAAGAGGUGGUAGAAAGGUUGGGUAAUAUCUGCUUAAAACCAAGGGCCACGGGUCGGGCCCCGGGCGAUGCUCAAACCAAGGACACUCACAUGUGGUUUAUUAAUCGACAAGAUUUGACAAAAAGCAAAACUCCAGUCAGUUCAGGCACUUUUGGCGAAGUUUUCAAAGGUCAAAUGGGUUCCACCGCAGUGGCCAUCAAGACUCUAAAAUGCGAUCGGCAAGAUGUGGGUCACUCAAGAGCUGAGGAGGAAUUCAAAAAAGAGACCUCAGUUCUCAAGUUACUUCAUCACCCCAAUUUGGUUCAAUGUUUUGGGGUUAGCACCGAGGAGAGACCAUUUUACAUGAUCACCGAAUGGCUCGGCAAUGGCGACCUUACAAAUUUUUUGAGGAACCACUUGGGCAAGAACACGCACCCUCUACUGAAUUUUGACGUACUCAUCCGGAUAUGCGAGAACAUCACCAGUGGUAUGAAGGAACUUGGUCGAAAAAAGAUCAUCCAUCGCGAUUUGGCUGCUAGAAAUGUCAUGUUGGACAACUAUCUGGUGGCCAAAGUUGGCGACUUUGGCCUUGCCCGAGUGGCCUCCGAAUACUCCAAUGAGAUGUCCAAAUUCCCCAUCAAAUGGACGGCCCCCGAAGGCCUAGAAAGGCAUUCCUUCACCUGUAAAUCGGAUGUUUGGUCUUUUGGCGUGACCUUAUGGGAGAUUUUCUCGGGUGGAGUAGUUCCUUACAGUACGGAUGGACCCUCCUCAGAGGAAUUGGCGGAAAAACUGAAAGCAGGCUUGCGUCUAAAGAUACCUAGUUAUCCUGCCAAUGAUGGGAACGAAAAAAGUCUGAAUGCCUUAUAUUCGAUUAUGCUCCAUUGUUGGCAGUUGGAUCCUUGUUCUCGUCCUGCCUUUGACGUGCUGCAUGAAGACUUUGCCAAUUUUGACAUUGCUAUCGAGGAAAAAUAUUACCAUAGUCCACGAGAAGUUCUCGACAGAUCUGGAUUCUUCACGAGAAUGAGGAGAAAGAAACGAGCAAAGAAACGAUAAAAUCGCGCUUUCAUGUACAGUUACACGGACCGUACACUUUUGUUUACUUGUCAUGACUGACUUGGUAACAUUAUAUUUGAACUUUGUGAUGAUAACAGA